AUAUCACUGUGUAGAACAAUGUAUACAACACUUAACCUCUCGACUUCUAGCGACUCCAACUUGUCAGAUUUGGACUCACAGAAACUGCAGGAGCUGUCCCACCGCUCCGUCAAAGUAAGCGCAAUAAUCGUUUUGGGCGUCAUGGUCACUUUGGGAAAUAUUGCAGUUCUCCUGGCCAUUACUUCCUCGGUGGCUGGCUGGUCAAGAAACUCUCGGUACUUUCUCCUCUCUCUCACUGCUGCAGACUCUGCCUUCGGACUGCUGGUCAUGCCCUUGAAUCUCUGGGUGAGUCUGCUAAAGGACUACACUGAAGGGCCAGAUGCUCUUUGUCAUGUUGUGGCCUUUUGCAAUGCCACCGUCUACUCCACCUAUACACUGGCCACAAUAAGCCUGGAGAGGUAUAUUGCGGUGUUUUACCCGCUGCAAUACUCAUCCCUGCUGACAAGGAAAAGGACGCUGUUUCUGAUUGCCUUCGCCUGGUGCUUCCCUCCUAUUUUACUGUCGCCAAUAUCAGUACCAGACGGCAUUAUCGAAGUUCAAUUUUCCACCGCAUCGCUGGUCUGCAACCCAUCUUACUCUACAAAUGUUGGAUACUCCCUAAGCUUGACAUGUUUAAUAUUUUUCCCUUGCUCUAUCAUUAUGACAUUUGCAAACUUUAAAGUCUGGUGCGCGGCCAAGAGACAGAGACUGAAACUGCGCAAAUAUGACCGUGCGCGGCGCAGCAGACUCAACGUGCCUUCCAGAGUGCUUUUGCCUGUGAUGGCAGCCUACUACACCUGUUGGACUCCCUGCAUGGCAGCUAUAAUCUACAAUGCAGUCACAGGUAGUAGCGUACCAGAGUGGGUUGAGUUUGUGGUGGUAUGGCUACCAACCUCCAAUGGUUUCCUCAACUGCAUCUUCUAUUUCUGGAUAAGCCGAAGCUUCCGCAAGAAAUUCUAUCUAGUCCUUCAAAAACUAGCUCUGGCCCUCUGCCCUGAAUUGGCCGGCACCAUUGGGUGUUGCACCACUUCAAAGACACAGUUUGUAUCAGGAGUUCUGGAUAACAACAACAGUGUCCAUGGACGUUCUUCCAGUGUCUCAUCCACCUGCACCCUGCUGUCCUUAGCUUAGGACCUCUAGACCUAAAAGCACCACUGGCAUGGCAACAAACACAGGCAGUGACCUCUGUACUAUGUUGUGUUGUCUGGCUGAGCCAGACAGUGAACCCAUGUUGUUGACAUAGUCCCGUGUAAGGUAUCAAGGGUGAGAACUAAGGGUCAUGAGGAUUGCUGUGUAAAUGAUUUGGCUGUGAUGGAAACCAUUUAAAAUUUCCUCUCUAGUUUAAAUCAAAAGUUAUGAAAAUUUGAUUGUA